UGGACUAGAAACACUCUCCAUCCACGACAGCAAAAAAACAGCAGCCCUCACAUCACUCACACACAGAAUCUCAGCGAGCUCCCACCGACGAUGACUGCGAAAAACCGACACAAGAACAGCUCGGGCGAGAAGAGCGCCGCAUCCAGCCAGGACGAUGCGUCGAAGAAGAGCCAGAAGAGCGCCAGUAACGGGGUGAGCGGCCCCGGACCUCAGGGGCCACGGUCAGGGAGCUGCCUCGGGUUUGUCGUCACCGCAGUGUUUUAUAUCACGCUGCUAGGCGCUGCAGGGUUUGCUGCUUUUUAUCUGCAGCAAGUAGUGGAGGAAAUCCGCCAGGCGAGCGCCAGGCAGGAGGAGAGCGCACGGCAGAGCGCAGAGCUGGGCACCAAAAUGGAGAGCGUCGCUCAACAGGUGGAGUCUCUGAGGAGUGUUGUGGACGGGCUGGAGUCAUCACUGGGCAUCACACGGGUAGAGCUGGAGGGAGCCAUCAGCCGGAUGAAGAGGGGCGAGGUGGAGACCAGGCGGGUGGAGGAGGCCCUUCAAAAGCUCCAGAACGAUCUACUCAGGGACCUUUCAGAGGGCAUCAGCGAGGUGAAGGUAGCCCGAGAGAGGGACUUCUCUUCUCUGGAGAAGACCGUAGAGGAGCGUCUGGCUGAGGUGAGUCAGUCCAUCACUGCCAGCGUGGUGGAGUUCACCGAAGCUCAGGGCGAGGCGCAGAACCAGCUGGCUGAUCUCAAGGCCCGCCUGGGUGACAUGGAAGACCCUGCGCUCAUCAAACAGGAGCUCUCUGCCAUCGUUGAUGCCGUAGCUGAAAUCAGAACGGCCAAACAGGAUUCUGACACCUCGGCCGACUCGCUCAGGGAGCAGAUCGGCACCGUGAGGGCAGAGCUCCAGACUCGUAACCAGGAAGUAUCCUCGCUGUCUCAGGAAAUUGAAACAGUGAGGUCAGUGGUGCAUGAGACUGUCGGGAGUCUGAGGCAGUCGCUGUCUGCGGCAGAGGCCGGCGUCCAGGCUCUGAAGGACAAAAGCGAGACACUGGAGAGCAGCGUGGAGCAGGCCGUCGACGCCGCCCGUCAUGUGGAGAGGCAGGCGAAUGAAGCAGCCGCCGAGUUCAAGAGACGCUCAGACGACCUGGAGGUCAGAGUUAAAGCGUCAGAGGAGAGUGGAGAUUCACUGUCGGCGUCAGUGUCAGACAUCACCAGCAGAGUGGAAUCACUAUACGCCAAGUACGACAGCCAUGAAAGCACUCUCGCUGCACAGGGGCAGGCGGUGGAGAAGGUCAAAGCUGGCUUGGAGCAGGAAAUGGAGGCACUGAAAAGCGGUUUGGGGGAGCUCCAGUCCACUAUGGCUGCCCUGGGUGACGCCCAGGCCGAGUCAGCGUCGCAGGACUCCAGCGUGGGUCAGCAGGUGAAGGACUUGGAGGAGAGGCUCGCCGCUCUGGAGGGCAGCAGCAGCGUGAAGCCAGAGCAGCUGCAGAGCUUAAGAAGCAUGGUAGCAGGCUUGGAAGCCAAAGCGGCCAAGCUAGAAGGCCACGAUGAGGCGAUUUCUACCCUUCAGAAGGCUCUGCAGGAGACCACACAGACACUGGCGGGCUUAUCCAAAGCCGGUGGCAUGAAGGGAAAGUAGCGAUUUUGAGUUAGCAGUGUGACAUCGGGAUACCAAAACAUGGACAAUAACGACUCCCUCGGGGUGACCAUAUCCCACCUUUCCUGUUUCCAUGAAGAAUUCUUUCUCAAACUCGAUGGUUGAUGUUGCACACGUUAGUUAAAAAAGUAGCCAGUGUGAGGGAAACUGGUUGGAGAGCUGGGACUGCUGAUCUGUGAAUUCAACUCCACAUCAUUCUGCACUGUAGUUUUUUUUUUUUCUAAUGUUUUGUUUUAUAAAAUUUCACGUGCCGAUGCUGUUUUUUUGAAAACCAAACGGAUGCAAUAAUGAGCUCCUUUUGAGCACUCCUAUGUUUACUCACUCAUGUUUUUUUAAGAAUAAAAACUCUUGUUGA